GAGGGAGAGAGUGAGCAAUUUAGUGCCCUUGUUCGCAAGGCAUGUCGAGGGGAAGGCUCGUCACGAAUCUGCCCUAAACUCAUCGGGGUCCAGCGUUUUGGGGGCUUUCUUCUGCAUUUGUCCUGCCCUGAGCUCGCCCGGUUUCUUUUCUCUCGACUCGUUCGAGUCUCAGCUCGAUCUCUGCGAGCGACGAGUUUUUUUCGACUGCGAUCGAACGCUCGUCAAGAUGACGGUCACCGAUUGCCGCAUGUAUGAGGCCAAGUAUCCCGAAGUGGAUGAUGUGGUCAUGGUUCAGGUGAAGAACAUUGCGGAGAUGGGAGCAUAUGUGGCUUUGUUGGAGUACAACAACAUCGAGGGAAUGAUUCUUUUGUCGGAAUUGUCCCGACGUCGUAUCAGAAGUAUCAGUAGCCUCAUCAAAGUCGGUCGUCAGGAACCCGUUAUGGUUCUGAGGGUGGACAGAGACAAGGGAUACAUCGAUCUGAGCAAGCGCAGGGUUUCAGAGGAGGAUGUCGCUGGGUGUGAUGAACGUUACAACAAAAGUAAGCUUGUUCACUCCAUAAUGCGUCACGUCGCUGAAACCAUGGAAGCAGAUCUCGAGGAUCUGUACGCACACGUUGCAUGGCCUCUUUACCGGAAAUAUGGCCACGCCUUUGAGGCAUUUAAGUUGAUUGUCACAGACCCAGAUUCCGUAUUGAAUACUCUGACGAAGGAAGUCAAGGAAACAAAAGAAGACGGAACUGAGGCUACGAAGACAGUGCCUGCAAUGAGUGAGGAAGUGAAGGAUGCUCUCGUGAAGAACAUCAGGAGGAGGAUGACCCCACAGCCUCUGAAGAUUCGUGCAGAUAUUGAGUUGAAGUGCUUCCAGUUCGAUGGUGUACUGCACAUCAUGGAAGCCAUGAGGAAAGCCGAGGGAGAAGGUACUGAAGAGUGCCCUGUGAAGAUCAAACUUGUUGCACCCCCAUUAUACGUGCUCACGACACAAACUCUAGACAAGGAUCUUGGUAUAUCAGUGCUCGAGAACGCAAUUAAGGCCUGCACGAAGGAGAUUGAGAAGCACAAAGGAAAGCUGACUGUGAAGGAGGCGCCGCGUGCGGUGAGUGAGAGAGAUGACAGGCUUCUGGCUGAAACAAUGCGCAAACUUGAUGAAGCGAAUGCGGAAGUCGAUGGCGAUAGGGAUUCGGAAGACGAGGAGGAAAUGGGCAUGGGUGAAGUGGACGUUGAGGGUGGAGCAGGAAUCCAGGAGCAAUGAUUUGUUAGAUUGGACUGGAAUAUUUAGAAUUCCGUAGGUUAGAGAGACAGCAUGUUUUCACCUCAGUAUUGUGACCGCUGAGAAUAGCAGGUGAGAACCACCAGCGUGAUUGUACUUAAGGCACUUGACAUUAGGGUAGGUUGGCGAAGCGGCGGUAGGUCGCCUCUGGGGAUUUGUAUGCUGUGGAGUUUAUUUACACAUCAGCUUAGGUGGGUGGAAAGCCUAGUCGCCGAAGCUAUAUCAAGGUGGAUAUAAUUUCUCUCAAAUUCGAGACCUGCUAAAGUUGCUGAGUGCCAGAGGCAGAUGUAUCUGAGUCGCACUGCAAGAGAAAGUAAACUCGAGAAGUUUUGUAGAAUCAGGUCAAAUUGCCAGAUCUUAAAUAGAUGUGUCGAUAUCAAUCAGACCGGUGCUUGAGCUCGUACUCGUGUGCAACGGAGCCGGUCUCUCAUCUGGAGUAGCUUGUUCAGCUGUAGGUUGAGAGGUGGUCGUACUUGUGGCAGAAGUUGUCUUCAAGGAUCACUCGGAAGAGUGAAAGUUGUUUUUACCCUCUAUGCCGCUCACGCUUAGGCUUCUACUAGUAGCCAAAGUUCUCGGACUUCUGUAAAUUAUCUACCGCCGGCAGGCAGGCGGAGGAGGUCCGGGACUAGAACUCUUCUACUUCUGUCUUUCGUUUAUUAAUUCCAUCGCCUGCCCACGCAUCUUGGUUCGAUCGACCCACGUCGCAUAUAGUGUUCAGUGGGCUUGUUGGUGUACUUCAAUCUGGUAUAGUCAUCCACGCAGCAAUGUGUUCAGUUCUUGGACCAGAUGUUUUCUGGAAGUAGAUCUGGAGCACCAAUAGAACAUUGAAGGGAAACUCUUAUCCCGAGCUCUGAAGAUCGACAUCUAAUCAGUUAUAAAGUAUCGGGAUGUUUUCCGUUUGUUCUCUUUCCAUUAGCUGUUUGGAAAAGAACUGAAUGUGGCUGGACAUGGAUCCUCGAUAUUUACAGGAACUUCGUCCCACUCAUUUCUUCGGUUGAUAGACAAUUAUCACCACUCUUCAA